AUCCGGGACCUGGAGCACUUUCACAUGGUCCUUCCUCCGUGCUGCAGCUGUCAGUCAGAGAGGGAGCUCCAGCUGCGAUUCUGCCUUUGACUACAGCUCUGGGGAGACGAGAUGGCGCUGAUGGGGGUUCAGCUGGUGGUCAGCCUGCUGGCUGCCAGCAUCAUGCAACGGAUGGCUCCCCACUGCUCAUUUGCACGCUGGCUUCUUUGCAGUGGCAGCUUGUACAGGUUCAAACACCCUUCAGAAGGAGAAUUGUGUGCAUUGGCAGGAAAGCAAAUUCCCAAACAAACGAAAAGAGACAGGAGACAGAAUGGGGAGAGCAAGCCUCUCACUGUGCCUAAGGACAUCGACCUUCACCUGGAAAAAGCUCCAGUUAAUGUGAUCGAUGCUCUUGUGCUGCGGUUUUUCCUGGAGUAUCAGUGGCUUGUAGACUUUGCAGUCUACUCAACCGGUAUCUUCCUGUUCACCGAGUGUUACUACAGCAUCGUAGAUGCCAGCAAAGAGGUCAAUAUUGGAGCCAUCUGGUGUGUCCUCACUGUUCUCUUUGGUCUAAAGACCCUUCACACACUGAUGAGCCACUACUUCCGCUCAGAGGAGGGAGGAGAACGUUCAGUGUGCCUUUCUUUCGGCUUUCUGUCUCUCCUGGUGGCCAUGCUGGUACUUGUUGUCAGAGAGGACUACCUGGAGUUUGGCCUCGAGUCGGGCUUUUCCAACCUUUUUGAUAAUUUGGAAGUCUUUGCCAGACAACAAGGCUACGCUGAGUGGUCAAUCCCUGUGACCAAGCUCACUGUGAAGCUGGGCUUAGCUGCUGUCUGCGCUUACAUCGGUGCUCUGCUGGCCUUCCCUGGACUGCGGCUGGCACAGACUCAUCUAGAUGCCGUACAGAUGAACUCGGACCGCCCACUCAUUCAGAUUUUGCUGCACAUGAGUUUUAUGUCUCCUGUUAUUGUGUUGAUUCUAUGGGUGAAACCCAUUGCAAGAGACUUCCUGGCCAAUGCACCGAUGGGAAAGACCUCCGUGACAAUCAUACCCAGUGCAGCCUUUGACAGCAUUCGUCUGUGGAUCAUUGUGGUGCUGUGCGUGCUGCGACUGGGACUGACCCGCUACCACCUGCAGGCUUACCUCAACCUGGCUCAGAAGUGGGUGGAACAGAUGAAGAAGGAGGCGGGACGUAUUGCUGCUGUUGACAUUCAGAGGAAGGUUACACGUGUGUUUUGUUACCUGACGGUUGUUACUCUUCAGUACCUGGUUCCUAUUCUGCUCAUCCUUUUCUCCACACUGUCACUUAAAGCACUUGGCGACUUCUCUUGGUUUGUCGGUGUGGAAGAGACGCCCGGGGUGACCCCAGCUCUGGUGAUGCCCACAGCAGCGCCCGUCCUGCCUGGGGAGCUCGAUGAGGAUGAAGAUGGGGUGGAGGACAUGGAGGAAGACAUCCAGGCCACGGUGGCUCGCCUGUCAGAGGCCUUCACGGCGCUCCGCGCCGUCCUCACACCGCUGUUCUUCCGAGGCUUCUUUGCCUUCCUCACCUGGUGGGUGGCCGCCUGCCAGGUCAUCAGCUCUCUGUUCGGCAUCUACUUCCACCAGUAUCUCAUGCAGAACUAACUGAGCGAAAUGGACUGCCGACCAUUUCUGCGAACAAUUCAGACCUCAGCUGAUGCUACAAGGGAUUCCUGCAGGCAAGAAAAGGAUAUAUAAACGCAUCUACAGAGAAGUUACACCCUGCUUUUUGGCUGCAACAGAUUUUCAGGUCAAGAUUGAAAUGAUCUGUUGCAAUCUUGUCAUCUUUGCAACUUUUUAGGAACAGAAGGCUAUUAAAAACAUUUGUUUAGCUUAAGAGAAAAAAAAAAACAAAAAACAAAAACUGGGGCCUUUAUCACAAAGAAGCAUGCAGA